AUGUGCAAGUCAUGGAAUUCUCUAAUCUCCGAUCGCAGUUUCACCAGAAAGCACCUCAGCCUCUCCACCACUCGCCGUCUCCAUUCCGCCGCAUACGAACAUAAACCCGACGGGUUGGUUCACAAUUCUUACCCACUCGAAUCGGUUUUAUCAACUAAAGUCAAACAACAGCGUCUCCCUUUCAACAGCAUCCUUGCUUCUUGUGACGGCAUCCUUUGUCUCUGCGAUAAACGUAAAGCUUUUGUUGCAUUGUGGAAUCCUUCUAUUAGAAAAUUCAAGGAAUUACCCCCUUUCAAAAACACUCGAAUUCUUAACCGGGUUUAUAUGACCUUCGGCUUCGGCUAUGAUCGCGUUUCUGAUAAUUACAAAGUGGUUGUUCUUUACUACUCCGAAUCUAACUUGCUUGACACAACUAAAGUAAAAGUUCAUACUUUGGGCACCAAUUUUUGGAAAACCAGUGAGAGCUUUCGUUUUGGUGCUGUUUGUUAUGAACAACCUGGAACGUAUGUAUGCGGUACCAUUAAUUGGAUGGCCUAUACUGAAUGGACUCGCAAAGGUCCCCUCUUCAUUGUUUCUUUUGAUUUGGGAAACGACUCUUAUCAGAAGCUUCUGCCUCCUGAUCAUACUGAGAUCAGUCCGGAUUACUUGACAUUGUCUGUCUUGAGGGACUGCUUGUGCUUAAUUUCUGAUCAUCAUAUUUGGGUCAUGAAGGAAUAUGGAAUUCAAGUCUCUUGGACUAAACUCUUCUCCUUUUCAUGCAUACAAGAUCCUACUAAGGAUUAUAGUUUGUCCAAUGCGUUGUAUAUUUUUGAGGAUGGCCAACUGCUGCUGGAAAUUCUAGACGAUUGGAAAACGAAGUGGAUUGUUUAUGAUCCAAACAAUGAUACUUUUAUGGUUACUAGGUUUACAAACAUCCUAAAUGUCUGCCUUGAAACUUUGAUUUCACCUUGUUCUUAA